GGGGGGUGCCUCCCACGGACACCUGAGGCACUCUCCUUUGUAAGGUCGUUGAAAUUGGAGACCAGGCUUUGGGAUUGAUCGUGAUCCGAGAUUGACGUCGAAAAUGCUGACAAGAUUCUUGGACAAGAAUAUUUCCAUUUUCUAUGGAGGAAUGAACGUGAGGAAGGGAUGCUUAGGCUAAUAUCCAUUCUCUUAUUUUCCGUUUUUUAAAUUUUAUUUCAAACUACCAUGAGGGAGAUACUCCUUCCCUUCUAAUCCCCCUUCCCUUAAAAUGCCUAAAAAGCUAAUUUAAAUAUUAAUAAUUAGUAUGGAAUACAGCCCUGCUAGUAGCGACUAUAGAAGUGCUAUUUCCGCUCGUCAACACUUUCCUCGUUUAAUGAGACCAAUUUCGCCUGCACCAAGUGGAGGGCAUAGUAGAGUGUUAAAAAUGGUUAGCGAAACAUCAUCAAUUAGCAGCAGACCUUUAUCGCCUUAUCCUGGCUCUACUGCUGCUUCUGCUAUUCGAGAUACACGAGAACGUGAAAAGAAGGAAAUGAGUGACUUAAAUGAUAGAUUGGCUAUUUAUAUUGAAAAGGUAGUUAUUGAGUUAAAAAGUGAGGUUGAGAACCGCAAUGCAAGGUUGAGCCUGGUCGACUUAAUUAUAGGAACUACCUCGAACCUACCCCUAGGAACCUAA